AUGCCACGUACUGAGCACGUCGUUAUCUUCUUGGACAUCGACGGUGUGCUGCUCCCGGUGCCUCGCUUCACCUUCGGCGGUGGCGACCUGUCCGAGGGAAGUGUGCGACUCCUGCAGCAGAUCGUCGACGGGUGCGGUGGGGCCGAGAAGGUGUCCAUCAUCCUCUCCUCCACGUGGCGCAACUUUCCCGAGCAGGUGAAUCGGCUGAAUCAAUUCUUCGCGAAGGUCGCGGCUAAUCACGUACCCCCAGUUGCUGGCGGAACGCCCAACGGCACGCCAAAAGUGACGGCGGUCACGUACUACGCCGAUGACCCAUCGGAGCAGCGCCUUGUCCGGGACCGUGUGGACGAAAUUAUUCGGUGGAUCCGCACGCACAUGCACGAUUAUCCGGAGGCAGUGGGUGGCAGGUGGUUGGCGAUUGACGACAUGCAGCUUGAUGUCGAUGAACGCAUGCAUGGGCAUUUUUUGAAAACAGAGACAGAAGUCGGUCUCACUGAGGAAGCUGUGGCACGCGCCCUCAACAUCGUCGCGUCGUUGCCAUCGCCGGAGGUGACGGCACGUAAUGCCGAAGCUGCAAUAAUUGACCCUGUUUUAAAAGACGAGGAGAUCGACAUUUUAGAGACACGUUGCCGUGACCUAUCGACGACGGUGGACAACCUGAAGGACGAUUUACAGAAGGCGCGGGCAGAGAACGGUGGGCUGCAGGCGCAGCGCCGUGAGUGGGAGCGAGAGAAGAAGGAGACGGAACGACGUCUUGAGGAUGUGAGUUACCGCCUCGCCCAGUACGAAUUUGCCAAGAAGAACGCCGUGCUGCAGACGGCGUUGACAGUUUUGGCGUCGAAGACAGGGAAGGACCGUAGGGAAUUGGAAGAGCACAUCAAGACCCUCGUCAACCUCAUGCGCAAGAGGAAGGAAUUAGAGAAGGCCGCCGCGAAGAAGCAGCGGAGGGCGAAGGGAAGCAGGACCGGUGCGGGUGCCGUGACGACGGGCGGCGAGGGGGGGCGGAGGGUGACGGCCGGAGGGGAGAAGAAGUAA